AUCCUGGAGGAUCCAGAUCCUGGAGAUCCCAGCUCCUGGAGAUCCCAGAUCCUGGAGAUCCCAGAUCCUGGAGGAUCCAGCUCCUGGGAAUUCCAGCUCCUUGGGGACGCGUCAGAAUGGAUGUGGGGCCAGGGGUGGCACCUCGGUGGCCGUGAGCCUGUCCGUGUGUCUGUCCCGGUUCCAGCCGGACCCCGAGGAGAUCCUGCACAGCCUCGGCUUCGUGGGGAGCGAUCCGGGGGUCGCGUCCCGGGUCCCCCCCCGCUUCUUCUCGGCCCCGUCCCGGGCCAGCGGCAUCGACCUGGGGCUGUUCCUGCGGGCCCAGCGGCGGCGCCGGGAGAUGGAGGAGCCCGGCCUGGUGCUGGCCAGUGCGUGCCACCGCUGUCCCCUCUGUCCCCGCUGUCCCCGCUGUCCCCGGCCCUCCUGGGGGGACGGGAAACACCCCCGUGCCUCAGUUUCCCCAGGAGGGAAUUGGGGGAUUAUCCGGCUGGGGUGGGGAGGGCACCUGCUGCUCCUGUUGGGGGGUGGGAAACGUCUCCCGUGCCUCAAGAGCCCUGAAGAGCCUGAGGAUCACGAAGAGAGCUCUGAGGAGUCCGAGGAUCCCAAAGAGAGCCCCGAGGAGUCUGAGGAUUCUGAAGAGAGCUCUGAGGAGUCUGAGGAUUUUCAAGAGAGUCCUGAAGAGUCUGAAGAUCACGAAGAGAGCCCCGAGGAGUCGGAGGAUUUUGAGGAGAGCCCCGAGGAGUCUGAGGAGUCUGAAGAGAGCCCUGAAGAGUCCGAGGAUCACGAAGAGAGCCCCGAGGAGUCUGAAGAGAGCCCUGAAGAGUCCGAGGAUUCUGAAGAGAGCUCUGAGGAGUCUGAGGAUUCUGAAGAAAGCUCUGAGGAGUCUGAAGAAAGCUCUGAGGAGUCUGAAGAAAGCUCUGAAGAGUCUGAGGAUCCCGAAGAGAGCCCUGAGGAAUCCGAGGUUCCCGACGAGAGCUCUGAGGAGCUGGAGGAGCUCAGCGCGGAUCCGACCCUCCUCGGGGAGCUGGCAACCAAACUAAAAGAGGUCGAGGCAGCCGAGAAGAACGAGGGGGUCCUGGCUCUGCUCGUGGACGUGCUGGACCGGCUGCUGAACGCUCUGACCACCAACAUCAUCGGUUGCGGGGCCCCCUCACAAUGGGAUCAGCCGGCGCAGACAAAGCCCCGCAGCCCCCCGGGGGUCCCGCGGCCCCAGGGGGAGCCCGGGCCGUGUCCCCCCUUCCCCGGGGCGCCCACCGGCCCCUUUGUGCGGGUGCCGGGACCUGUUGGAGCCAUCUGUCAGGGGGGGCCCGCAACAGGCAGAUUUAUCGGCCGCAAUCUGUUCCUGCCGGCCGGCCGGGGAGCCGCGGAGCCGACUUAA